AUGGAGAAGAGCGAACAUCACAAUAUGGAUGAUAAGAGCACAUCCGAUGAUGACAUAUUGAUUGAAAACAUUAAGAAAAAAAACCGCUGCAUCAAAUUAAAGGACUCGAAACAAAUAAAUGAAGAAAAAAAGGAGGAUACGAAAUCGAGGAAGGUUGUGAAGAGCAAUAGUAGGACAAUUUUGAAGAAAGAGACAAGCACCGUUAUUCGAAAGACCAAGUCGAAAACGAGUGCGAAGGAAAGCAAAGAGGCUCCCCUAAAUGAGUGUAAACUGGUGAAAAGAGGUAAGGGGGCUACCAACACGGGGGAUGGAGUUAAGGAAAACUCCACUAUUAGCAAUAAAAAGACAGAUAAAAAAAAAACCCUGGUGAAAAAAAGAAAAUCAAGUGUAAAGGGGAAAAAAGACACUGAUGGGAAGACCACAGGCGCCAAAGUUGUAAAAAAGAGAGAAAGCAAAGUCAAGAAAGAAACAAAUAAAAGACCGAAAAAAAUAAUUAAGAAAACAGAAGAAAAUUUCGAACCCAUAAAUAGAUGGUGGGAAAAGAUAGAUCAUCAAACUGAUAUUCAGUGGCAUUACUUAGAGCAUCGGGGUCUUAUUUUUUCCCCCCCAUACGUACAACACCAUAUUCCAAUUUUUUAUAAAAGCAUCAAAUUAGAGUUAAAUGAAAAAGCAGAGGAGUUAGCUACCUACUGGUGCAGCGUAAUAGGCAGUGAUUACUGUACCAAGGAAAAGUUCAUCUUAAAUUUUUUUAGAACAUUCAUAUGUACCUUAGAAAAGGAUAACAUAAUAAGACAAGAAAAUGAAAACAAAUUGAAAAAAGGAGAUAUAUCCAACUUUCAAUUUAUCGAUUUCAUGCCAAUCAAAGAUCACUUAGUUAAGCUAAGAGAAGAAAAACUUAAUAGAACGAAAGAAGAAAAAGAGGAGGAAAAAAAAUUGAGAUCAGAAAAAGAACUACCACAUACGUACGCCUUGGUGGAUUGGAUUCGUGAAAAAAUUUCGAGCAACAAAGCUGAACCGCCUGGUCUAUUUAGAGGUAGAGGAGAACACCCAAAGCAGGGGUUGCUGAAAAAAAGAAUAUUCCCAGAAGAUGUCGUGAUAAAUAUAAGCAAAGAUGCCCCUGUCCCUCGAUUGUAUGGCGACAUGUGUGGUCACAGUUGGGGAGACAUAUACCAUGACAAUAAAGUAACAUGGCUAGCAUACUACAAGGACAGUAUAAAUGAUCAGUUAAAGUAUACAUUUUUAUCGGCCCAAUCAAAAUUUAAAGGUUAUAAGGAUUUUCUCAAGUACGAAAAUGCAAGGAAGCUAAAAUCAUGUGUUCAUAAAAUUAGGGAAGAUUAUAAGCAUAAAAUGAAGAGCAAAAAUAUCCUAGAGAAGCAGUUAGGCACGGCUGUAUAUUUGAUAGACUUUUUGGCCUUAAGAGUGGGGGGGGAGAAAGACAUAGAUGAGGAAGCAGAUACGGUUGGCUGCUGCAGUUUGCGAGUGGAGCACGUUAGCUUUUCCCACGAGGUGCCCAUUAAGAAUGAAUGUUUGCGAGGGGAAAAUGCCAAGGGAGGGAAGAUGAAGGGGGAAAAGAGCAAGGUGAAAAACACCAAGGAAGAAACCACCAAGGGGGAAUUCACCAACGGGGAAUCGGCCACAAACGAAAGUGACAAGAAAGACAGCAACAAACUGCCGCUACCGAAAAAUUUAAACGACAUAGAGGAAGACCACUGCUAUAUAACUCUUGAUUUUUUAGGAAAAGAUAGCAUUCGCUAUUUUAACACUGUAUUGCUGAACAAGCAAGCAUACAUAAACAUGAUAAUAUUUUGCAAAAACAAACACAAAGAUGAAGGGGUCUUUGAUCAAAUUAACUGCUCAAAGUUAAAUGAUUAUUUAAAAGAAAUUAUGCCAACGUUGUCAGCAAAGGUUUUCCGUACGUACAAUGCAUCCAUUACCCUAGAUCAGCAACUGAAAAGGAUAAAAGAAAUUCGGGGUAAACCAACGGACCCCUUGCUCGCAUAUUAUGAUGAUUUUCCAAAGAAGAAAAAGAGGAAGCUUGAGAACUUAACUUCCUCAACCAGCAUUCUGAGCGAUACAAGUGACUCCACGGAAAAGGAGAAAAGCGGAGAUGAGGAGAACAACAAGAACAAUGGCGAUAAUGCGUCUGGGAACAACGCCCUUGGCAAUAACAGUGCAGCAUCCCCAAGUAGAAGUAACACCAACUCCUUGGGAGGCGUCCACGCUAGUGAAAAAAACACGCCCAUAGAAGUAGACGUUUCAAAUGUGAACGAACUCAUCAACUUUUUCAACAACGCCAACAGAGAAGUUGCAAUUCUGUGUAACCAUCAGAGAAGUGUCCCAAAGCAGCACGACACAGCCAUGUCCAAAAUAAAGAAGCAAAUAGAAAUUUACAGCGAAGAUAUAAAGGAAUAUAAAAAAUAUCUACAGUACCUGAAAAAGGGAACGAAGGAGGAAAGCUUCACCUUUGUGUCCAAGGUUGUUGCGUUAGAUGGAUCGUUAAGACCCAACAAAGUGAAGGAAAAUAUGAAGGAGGAGUCUUGCAAGAAGAAACUAAUUGCGCUCAUUAAGAAAGUGGAGCAGUUAAAACACCAAAUGAAGGUACGUGAUGACAACAAAACAAUUGCCCUUGGAACUUCUAAAAUAAAUUAUAUGGAUCCGAGAAUAACUGUCGCCUUCUGCAAAAGGUUUGAAAUACCGAUAGAGAAAAUAUUUAAUAGGAGCUUAAGGCUUAAAUUUCCCUGGGCAAUGUUCGUGACGAAAAAUUUUACCUUUUAA